AUGACCGUUGACAGGAGUGAGAAAACGGGCGGUAUUAGAAUUGCAGUCGAUAGAGGUGGUACCUUUACGGAUUGUAUUGGUAAUCCCGGUACCAACAGACAAGAAGAUGACGUAGUGAUAAAAUUACUUUCUGUGGAUCCAAAGAACUAUCCGGACGCGCCUUUGGAAGGUAUUAGAAGGCUGUUAGAAAUCAUUGAGGAUAGGAAAAUCCCCCGUGGGACGCCUCUUGAUGUUUCUGGUGUUAAAAGUGUGCGUAUGGGUACAACUUUGGCGACAAAUUGUGCUUUGGAAAGAAAUGGUGAACGCUGUGCUUUCAUCACUACUCUUGGUUUCAAGGAUGCUCUUUUAAUCGGUGAUCAGACAAGACCUGACAUUUUUGAUUUGAAUAUCAGGAAAUCCGAACCAUUGUACGACAUGGUGGUUGAAGUUGACGAAAGAGUCACAUUGGAAGAUUUUUCCGAGGAUCCGGAUAAUGUGAAGUCUACUGAGAAUUUGAAAGAUAACACGGUCAUGGGUACUAGUGGUGAAGUGGUAAGAGUUCUGAAGCGUCCAGAUCUUUCAUCAAUUGAAGCGACCUUGAGACUUGUUUACGAUUCUGGUAUCAAAUCCAUUGCAGUGGCGCUCUUACAUGCGUAUACUUACCCAGAUCAUGAACUUUUGAUUGGAAAAAUCGCACAUAAAAUUGGGUUUAAGCACGUUUCGUUGUCUUCCCAGGUCUCUCCAAUGAUCAAGUUUUUACCUAGAGCACAUAGUUCAGUCGCUGAUGCUUAUUUGACUCCGGUAAUUAAGAAAUACCUCGAAAGUAUCGAAUCUGGGUUAACUAAUGCUGAAAAUACAAACGUUCAAUUCAUGCAAUCAGAUGGGGGUUUGGUAGAUGGGAAAAAAUUCUCUGGGUUAAAAUCUAUCUUAUCAGGUCCAGCUGGUGGUGUUGUCGGAUAUUCAUCUACUUGUUACGAUGAUGAAAAUAGGAUCCCCUUGAUUGGUUUUGAUAUGGGUGGUACUUCUACCGACGUCAGUCGUUACGGGGAUGGUAAAUUGGAACAUAUCUUCGAAACUACUACGGCCGGUAUCGUCAUACAAUCUCCUCAAUUAGAUAUCAAUACGGUUGCCGCUGGUGGUAGCUCUAGAUUGUUUUGGGAGAAUGGGUUGUUUAGAGUGGGUCCUGAAUCUGCUACUGCUGACCCAGGUCCUGCUGCAUAUCGUAAAGGUGGUCCUUUGACUAUCACUGAUGCCAAUCUUUUCCUUGGUAGACUCGUACCGGAAUUCUUCCCAAGCAUCUUUGGACCAAAUGAAGACGAAACACUAGAUCUUGAGACAACUACUAAACUGUUUUUAGAACUCACGGAUACUAUCAACAAGGAUCUAAAUGCCAAUUUCACGCCCGAUGAAAUUGCUUACGGUUUUUUGAAAGUGGCCAACGAAUCAAUGGCAAGACCAAUUCGUGCAAUCACCGAAGCCAAGGGACAUGCAGUACAAAACCACAGACUCGUUACAUUUGGUGGUGCGGGAGGCCAACAUGCAGUCGCAGUGGCUAAGUCCUUAGGAAUCAAAGAAGUUUUGGCACACAGGUACUCUUCAAUUCUAUCCGCUUAUGGUAUCUUUUUGGCUGACGUAGUUGAGGAGAAACAAGAGCCAUGCUCCUUCAUAUUGGAAGAUAGCUCAACAAUGGACAAGGUUAAGCUAAGAUUUGAUAAUUUAUGUGCCAUGAGUAAGGCAUCUUUCAGAAAUCAAGGAUUCGAUGAUUCAGAUCUUGUCUUCGAAAAAUAUCUUAACUUGAGAUAUGAAGGUACAGAGACUAGUUUGAUGAUUUUACAAGAAGAUGAUAGCUAUGAGUUCAAGAAAUGGUUUUCCAGAUGUCACAAGACUGAAUUUGGUUUUGAUUCUGCUGACAAAAAUAUAAUUGUUGAUGAUAUUAGAGUCAGAACUAUUGCUAAGUCUAACGUUAGAAAAGAGGACUCUGUCGAUUCACAAUUGAGUAUGUUAUCUAGAAAUGCUAUUGAUAGAAAAACCCAUGCUAGUUUCACAAAGUUGGUUUAUUUUAAUGGCAAAAGAGUCGAAACUCCUGUGUACAGAAUUGAAAAAAUGCCACUGGGUUCCGUUAUUACUGGUCCUGCUAUCCUAGCGGACGGUACUCAGACUAAUGUCAUCCCACCAAACACUGAAGCUGUCAUUCUAAAAUCUCAUAUCUUUAUCAAACUCUUGUCGGCUGUUGAUGAUGCUAAGCCAGUAAGUGAUGAUGAAAUCGACCCAGUUCUUCUAUCCAUUUUCAGCCACCGUUUCAUGGAUAUUGCCGAACAGAUGGGGAACCAGUUGAGAAAAACUUCUGUUUCUACUAAUGUCAAAGAACGUCUGGAUUUCUCGUGUGCCUUGUUCGAUAAUACUGGUAAUCUUGUAGCAAAUGCGCCUCAUGUACCAGUUCAUCUGGGAUCUAUGUCAACCUGUAUUGCUGCUCAGGCUAAAUUAUGGAAAGGUAAACUAAAGCCUGGUGAUGUUAUUAUAACGAACCAUCCUGAAAUUGGUGGAACUCAUCUACCUGACAUUACCAUCAUCACACCUGCCUUUUCUGAGAAAACAGGUGAGCUUAUUUUCUAUGUUGCAUCUCGGGCUCACCACGCCGAUAUUGGAGGUAUUUUGCCAGGUUCAGUUCCACCAAAUUCAAAGGAAUUGUAUGAGGAGGGUGCUGCUAUAUACUCCGAACUUAUUACAAAGGACGGAGAGUUCCAAAAUGAUUUGGUCAAAGAGUACCUUCUUUAUAAACCUGCCCAAUAUCCAAAAUGUUCUGGCUCUCGUAAAAUCAGUGAUAAUAUCAGUGACCUUAAGGCCCAAGUGGCUGCCAAUAAUAAGGGGAUUCAACUGAUUCAAAAGCUAAAUGAAGAAUAUGGGAUCACGGUAAUCAAGAGAUAUAUGGAAGCUAUCCAAGAUAACGCAUCAACUACUAUCAAAAGUAUGUUAAGAAAAAUGGCAAACCAUUUCAAUACCACAGAAUUCUCAGGUGAAGAUUUGAUGGAUGACGGUUCAACAAUCAAAUUGAAAGUCAAUCUUGACGUUGAGAAUGAAGAAUAUACCUUUGAUUUCGAAGGUACUUCUCCACAAAUAUAUGGUAAUCUCAAUGCUCCUGAGGCGAUCACAAAUUCGGCAAUUCUAUACUGUUUGAGAUGUCUUGUUGGUGAAGAUAUACCUUUGAACCAAGGUUGUUUGAAACCGCUUACAAUAAAAAUUCCUAAGGGAUCCAUUCUUUCACCUACCAAAGGGAUGGCUGUUGUUGGUGGUAAUGUGUUGACUUCGCAAAGAGUUACCGAUGUAGUUCUCAAAACUUUCCAAGUCAUGGCUGAUUCCCAAGGUGAUUGUAACAAUUUCACAUUCGGAACAGGUGGUAAAGAUCCUAUAACUGGUGAGACCAAAGAUGGAUUCGGCUACUACGAGACAAUUUGUGGAGGUCAUGGUGCAGGAUGUGACUCUUGGAGAGGCAAUGGUUGGAAUGGAGCUGACGCGGUCCACACGAAUAUGACCAAUACUAGAAUCACUGAUGUCGAAAUUUUCGAGAGACGCUACCCUGUUAUCCUUAAUGAAUUCUCCAUUAGACAAAAUUCUGGGGGUAAAGGUAAAUACAAAGGUGGUAAUGGUAUUGUAAGAGAUAUUACGUUCCGUAAAGAAGUUCAGGCAUCAAUUCUUUCAGAACGUCGUGUUAUUGCUCCACAUGGUAUUGCUGGUGGUGGUGAUGGUGCGCGCGGUAUGAACAUUUGGGUCAGACACGAAACCAAUUCGAAGGUCAACAUGGGUGGAAAAAAUACUGUUCCUAUCAGACCUGGUGAUCGUGUCAUAAUUAUGACACCAGGAGGUGGUGGCUGUGGAAGAGCAUAA